GCGACCGCACCACCGCAUCAUCUCUAGAGUUCUCUCGUCUCCGCUUCCCCAAUGGGCCAGGACCGUGCCGGUGCCGGAUCUCCGGCGAUGUUCAAGGGAACGGAUUAUUCUUUCCCUCGAACGAUGGUGGCUCUGGCGCUGUGGCUUGGAGCUAUUCACUUCAAUGUUGUCCUCAUUCUUGUUGCUCUCCUAUUCCUUCCCACCCGUCUCGGUCUUGCGGUGCUUGCUUUGCAGCUGUUCUUCAUGGUGAUUCCUUUGAAUGAAAGGAGUGGCUUGGGAAGGAGGCUGGCAAGGUUUAUAUGCAAGUAUGCCGCGGGUUACUUCCCGCUGACCCUUCAUGUUGAGGACUUGCAGGCGUUUGAUCCGAACCAGGCUUAUGUUUUUGGUUAUGAGCCACAUUCAGUGUUUGCAAUUGGAGCUUGGGGUCUUAUGAAUCACACUGGUUUCAUGCCCCUGCCAAAGAUUAAGUUCCUUGGUAGCAGUGCUAUUUUCCACAUACCAUUCAUGAGGCAGAUAUGGACAUGGCUAGGGGUUGUCCCGACAACAAGAAAAAAUUUCUACAAGUACUUGGAAGCUGGUUAUAGUUGUGUUGUCGUGCCAGGUGGUGUGCGAGAAAUGUUCCAUAUGGACUAUGACACAGAGGUUGCUUUUCUCAAAUCAAGGAAGGGAUUCGUACGGAUAGCUCUGGAGACAGGUCGACCAUUAGUUCCUGUUUUCUGCUUCGGGCAGAGCUAUGUUUACAAAUGGAAGAGGUUUGAUGGCAGCAAGCUACUUGUUAAAAUCGCUCAAGCAAUACAGUAUGCUCCAAUAGUCUAUUGGGGGAGAUUCGGAACACCCAUACCAUUCCAACACCCAAUGCAUGUUGUGGUGGGGAAGCCUAUUGAACUUGAAAAAAAUCCCAAACCAACCACAGAAGAGGUAAACGCGGUUCACGAACAGUUUGUUGUUGCCUUACAAGAUCUCUUCGAGAAGUACAAGGCCAAAGUUGGCUGUCCUGAUCUCCGCCUGAGAGUUCUAUGAGAUGAGAUCAACGACAAUUCCGCUCAUAUUUGCGCUUAAUUUGGUAAUGCCAGCGCUUGUAUUUAUCAUUGGUGAAGCAUCUCACUUGCAGUCAUUGUUGUUUCUACUGUAAUCUCUGUACUUUAAUAUGUAUUGUGCUUUUCAAUGAAAACUUAGGCUUCUUUUCCUCUA